AAGUAUAGCUCAAUCCGUUUCCGGGAGAUUAUUGUAGCCUUCCUAAAAGAAAGAAAAUGGAAUCCUGAAAUCGCAGUUAGCAAAACACUAAAGCGGGUUUCAGACACUUUUAGAAGCACACCUGGGUUGUUUGAAUACAUUGUUACUGACAUCAUUGAACAGCAGCUUGAUCUUGCUGAGGAUUGGAGAAGAUCCGUCGACCUUGCCUCCCUUCUGAAUCAAUGGAGGGGUCUGACAGUUUAGAUCAGAGUGGCAGUGACCAACCAGAGUCGCAGCGCACAAGUCAGCAGGACCGCCUGAGCAGGGAAGAGGCUUUCUAUCAGUUUGUCAACAAUCUCAGUGAUGAAGACUAUCGACUCAUGAGAGACAACAAUCUGUUGGGCACUCCAGGAGAAGCAACAGAAGAUGAGCUGUUAAGUAGACUUCAGCAACUCAAAGAUGGUCCUGAGCAGCAGAACAACACCCCCACCCCUGAAAAUGGAGAAGAUCCAGUUGAACCACCAGAGAACUCUGAGGAUCCUGCCAGUGGGGAUAGCCUCUUGGACUGGCUGAACACCGUAAGGCGCACCGGCAACACAACAAGAACUGGACAUCGUGGAAACCAAUCAUGGCGGGCCGUAAGCCAAACAAACCCAAACAGUGGCGAUUUCCGCUUCAGCCUGGAGAUAAGUGUCAACCGCAACCUGGCUGAACAGCAGGCAGCCGCUGAGGGGGAGCAGGAGUCUCCUGAGGAGUCUCAAGAAGAGUCUCCAGAGGUCCCUCAAGAGGAAUCUCCAGAGGUGUCCCUGGAGGAGACACCAGAGGUCCAAGAAGUUGUGGCAAACGCUGAACCCCAAGUCGUCCCCAUGGAGACAGAAGUGGUGGAAGAACCAGUUGUUGAGGAGUUGGCUGUUGUAGUAGAACCAGAGCCUGAACUAGAAGAGAUUGUUUCACAAGAGGUUUUAGCAGAUCCUCCCAGCUCACCCGCUGCAGCUUCCUUGCCAGAACAACCGCCACUUUCCCCUUCUCCACGCAGAGGACAAAGGAGACCCCGCAGCCGCAGUCCAGAGCCACGCAGGACUAGGGCCCGUACAGCAAGGAGCCGCUCCCCUCUUAACUUGGAUCAGAUGGAUGGUCUCCCUAAUCCUCGUAAUACUCAAAGCUCUCAAGGCCAGGACACCUUACCCAUUAACCUCCCUGUCCCUCAAGUGGAGGGCAGUUCUCGGACUCGACAACAUGUGCCCGCCAGGCAAAGCACUGUAGAUAGUGAUGUUCAGCCAUCUAGGGCUAGCCCAGAAACUGUCUUGGAGACACAAAAUGUCACAUCUCAGGAAGGAGACGCCGCUGGGGGGGAAGGGGGUGUGGCUGGGCGUCGUCCCCCUACUAUUAUGCUUGACCUCCAGGUGCGUCGUGUGCGUCCAGGCGAGUAUCGCCAGAGAGACAGCAUUGCCAGUCGUACCCGCUCACGUUCCCAGAACUCUAACAACACAUUUCUUUAUGAAAGUGAGCGUGGUGGAUUUCGUAGGACUUUCUCCCGCUCUGAGCGUGCUGGUGUGCGGACCUAUGUCAGCACAAUUCGCAUCCCUAUCAGAAGAAUCUCUGAUGCAGGUUUGGGAGAGGCAACCUCAAUGGCUCUCCAGUCUAUGAUUCGACAGAUUAUGACUGGUUUUGGUGAACUCGGCUACCUCAUGGAUUCAGACUCUGAUUCUUCAGAUUCAAAUCGAGGAGUAAACACACCUGCUGAUCUGGCUGAAGCUGUCAAUAACCCAGAAGUUGCUCCUGCUGCUGAUGUUGAUGAACCCCCUGUGGCUGCUGGAGUCAGAGCAAGGACAGCUGAGCCAGAUGUGGAUGAGAGUCUUGCCACCGGUCCACCUGCCUCUAGUGGCAGAGCUCGACCAAGACCACCUAUUAGCCUAGAAGAGCCCAGCUCAUUACCAUUCCUGCGACUCGCCCACUUCUUCCUCUUAAAUGAUGAUGAUGAGGACCAGCCCCAAGGGCUGACCAAAGAGCAGAUUGACAACCUCUCCAUGCGCAAUUUUGGUGAGAGUGAUGCCUUGAAGACUUGCAGUGUCUGCAUAACAGAGUAUGCAGAAGGUAACAAGCUACGCAAGCUUCCCUGCUCUCAUGAGUACCAUGUGCACUGCAUUGAUCGUUGGCUGUCAGAAAACUCCACUUGCCCAAUCUGCCGCAGGGCCGUCCUAGUUUCAGCCAACCGAGAGAGCGUGGUGUAGCUCAUAUAAGACUGCAGGCCUUUUGUCACAACCUAAGUAAUGUAGUAUCCCAAGUGUAUAGCAGGGGUUUGAGAAAAAAAUGAUCUCCACUGUUCACCCUUCAUACCAUUUGUGAGUUUUAUUAUAAUGAAGUCACAGGAUUGAUUUUGGGGUGCUCCAAACAGUUUCAUAAGGACAUUAUCAAUCUCUAACAAUACAUUUAUUAUUGCAGUACAUAGUAAGACACAAGCAUGCAUACUGUUUGAAUCAGCUCAUAGUGACCAAGCAGUUUGAGGCAUUGUGUUUAAUUAUACUCUGUUAGACCGGUAACUCUUUUAAAAUCCCCCAGAUUAGAAAUGCUGCACACCUUCAGGUAGUUCUGGCACAUCUGCUUUUUGGUAUUGGCUCCCUAAAUGGAGUCUGAUAUACCAGAAGUUGGGCAUUGGUACAGUUCUUAGUAACACCAGUAUUAGCUGUAAAUAAGCUUGUAAAAAUAAUUUUGAUUCACGGUCUGUAUCAUUAAACUGGUUUGGGAUUGUAAAUUAUGUCAUAUGAAGAUAGAAUAGUGUUGGAAAUUACUGUCCGUCAGAGCAUCCCAAAAUUUGGUGUUAGAUAAGUUGUAUCAGUUUACACACCGCAAUAAUUGAUUGAUUCUGAUGUCCAAAGGAUGUAGAACACAAAAAGGCUCGGCAUUUACAUUGUGACUAAAAGAAACUGAUAUUUUGGUGUGGCAUAUUCCAUGAGCUCUGAGUUUUUGUUUGAAAUAAAAUGUACAGGUAUACUGGAAAGAUGAAUCCCACUAGGGUACUUUUGCAAAAUGAAAAUUUGUUUUAGAAUCAUAUAACAGCUCUUUUUCUUGAUAAAUGAAAUAUGAUUUAGUAUUAAUACCAGGAAUUAGGGAUCUCUCUAUAAUGGUUGCAGACAUUGGAUUUAUAACAGGUCCUUGGCAUGUGAAUUUUCCCACCUGAAAAAGACUAUACUAACAGGCAUGAAUUCAGAAAUUUGAAAACAGUUGUUUUUGCUUUUCCCACUUGUAAAAGAACAUUUACUUUUUCAUGUAAAACAAUGAGCUCACAAUCACUUUGUCUUUUAAUCUAUUUGUACUGCUUCUUUGUUUUACUAGGUACAUAUUGGUUCUCUUAUAUAACUGAUUUAUGAAUUCAGUUCCCUAAGCUUGUAAUGCAGAGAGUAAAAUGACCCUUUGUGACCUAAAAUGAAAUGUUGACUUGCUUCUCAAGAAUUCUCUUCUUGUUGGCCCACCCUAAUGGACAAAUGACAACUUAAGUUAUCAACCAAGAGUUCCAGGUGUCAGACAUUUACCAAAAUUCACGCCAUCCUCCCGUCAUAGAACGGCUCGAGUGGGAAGUUAAGAUGCUCGCCUUUUGUACCCACCCCCUCCUGCCUCGAGCAGAUGCUCCAUAUCAGUGUGCAAUACAUGCUAAGUGAAACUAGGGAAAUACAAAACAAGAUAUAAAUAUAUGUUAUUGUUAAAACUGUUCUUAAAGACUCAAAUCUUAAAAUGAAGAUGUAUUACCUUUUUAAAAUAUGUUUAAGUUUAUUUUAUUUAGAAGUUCUGUAGGUUUUAAUAGCACUGUUGAUGAACAGGAACACUGGCUGAAGGAAGAAAGGGCAUCACUACCAAUGCCCUCCUGUCAUGUUUCUUAUCACUGUUUGAUGUCUUUGCCACAAUUAUGACCUCCCUUUGUGGGACAUAACAGUUUGAAUGCAAGACAUUAUCAUUGUUGAAUACCAUAAUAAACAUGUAUAUGAAAUGUAUGUUCCCUUUAAGGCCAUGCUUAAGUCUCGGCCUUUUUCUGUGACCCACCCAGUGCAGUAUGUUAACUGGGUGUUAAAUGAAACUAACCGCUGAAUUAAACAAGUUGUUGUGCUUCAAAAUGCA